AUGGACGAUUCUACCGCUUGGUUUUCAGGGCCAAUUGCCGAAGCGGUGACGGUCGUGAAUACUAAAAAUUUGCCUCUCGUCGUGUACAUUCAUGACGAUACCGACGCUAGUACUUCCAUGACCCAAUGCUUGGCAGAUGCAGCGGUGGUCGAAGCACUGGCAUCCAAGACAGUAGCGCUUCGGUUUCAUAAAGACUCGGACAAUGCCACGCUGUUUGGACAAUUAUAUCCCGUAACGCUUGUCCCCAUCAUCUAUUUUAUCCAGCAAGGCACCAUCAAGGAUUUCGGAACACACACCAUUUCGCCCCUAGAGGUCGUAACCAAAAUCAAUAAUCUGCAUUCGGCUAUGCCUGUAGAGCAGUCAUCGUCAUCUUCGACAGCAACGGCUGAACCUUCUAUGCGCGCGGCCGAACCUUUCACACAGGUGUCCGGCUUGAGUCCUGCUAGUACAACAGCGGCAGCCGAACCUACACGAUCAUCAGUCGACCCGUCACCAGCCAGUCUAUCCUCCCCAGAGUCAAAUAUCGAUAACAAGAGAAACCUGCAAGAGUACAAAGACAAGGCACGAAAACAGCGCGAAGAGAGCGAGAAACAGAGAGAAUAUGAACAAGAAUUGAAGCGAAGAGAACAGGGAAAACAGCAACAGCAGUUUGCCGAAUCUUGGAAAGAGCGUCAAGAUAAACAAUACUUUGAAAAUAUCAAACAGGAAAAGAAACAAGAGGAAGAGUACAGAAAAAAGAUUCGCGAACAGAUUGCAAAGGAUAAAGCUGAACGUGCUCAAACUCGACAACAGACCACUCCGUCUAAUCAACCCUCCGUCACUACACAAGACAAGCCAAGAGCGAGUAGUAGUCACCGACGCUAUGAUGAAAGUCAUCUCAGUGUUCGUCAACUGGAUGGAAAUAGAACAGACGGCGACCAACCCUAUAAAUUGAUUGCCCAAUUCCCUACUCGCCACUUUAGUAUUACGGACGAACAACGUACCUUGCGAGAAUUGGGUUUAUGUCCGAGCGCCACAAUUAUUAUGAAAGCGAUAAAGAAUAUCAGCACCGCUUACGGUGGCGCUGAAAGUUCAGGCAAUGGCCUGCUCGGUUACAUCUAUUCAGCAGGUGGAUUGCUAUAUAAUGCCGUCAGUACUGUGGGUUCUACCGUCACUGAGACAGUGACUUCCUACAUGACAAGUCCCACAGAUGGAAAUAACGGGUUGCAAGUCAACGGAGGCGGCGGUCAGCGGCUGGGAGGAGGCGAAAGCUCCUCUACCAGACCAUAUAAAAGAUAUCCUGGUAGCAAUGUGAAUACACUGCGUACAACCGAAAAUGAAGAUCCGAGGGAUCGCGAAGGCAUGUACAAUGGAAACUCCAUUAAUCAAGAAUAA